GCGGUGUAGGCGGCCGCUCCUCCCCGGAAAGGCCCCUCGCAGCCGGCGGCGCGGCGGAGCCUGAAUCCCGUAUCUCGUCAAGAUGGUGCGGAAACUGAAGUACCACGAGCAGAAGCUGCUGCGGCGGCUGGACCUGGUGAACUGGGAGGCGUCGGGCGGUAACCUGGCGGAGGUGCGGGCGCUGCGGCGGUACCGGCUGGGCCGGCGGGAGGACUACGUGCAGUACAAGGCGCUGGCCCGCUCCGUGCGCGCCCUGGCCCGGCGGCUCCGCGACCUGGGCCCGGACAGCGCCGCGUUCCGCUCCCGCUGCGCCGCCGCGCUGCUGGAGAAGCUGCACGGGCUGGGGCUGGUGAGCAGCCGGCAGUCGCUGGCCGUCUGCGAGAGCCUCUCGGCCGCCGCCUUCUGCCGCCGGCGCCUGCCCUGCCUGCUGGUGAAGCUGCGGAUGGCGCAGAACCUGCGCCACGCCGUCACCUUCGUGGAGCAGGGGCACGUCCGCGUGGGGCCCGAGGUGGUCACAGACCCCGCGCUGCUCGUCCCCCGCGCCGUCGAGGAUUUCAUCACCUGGGUGGACGCCUCGCGCCUGCGGCAGAAGGUGCUCGACUACAACCAGGAGCGCGACGACUUCGACCUGGCUGCGUAGGGCUGCUCCGCGGGACAUACACACGCUAGUGAUGCCACCACUGGAUAUUCACCCACCCCUUCCAGGCGCACCUGGAAAGGGAGCCAGAAGGAAACUGCGCUUCCAGUGUGGUAUUGCCCUCCUCCUGGCUCCCCUUUGCAGCUAAUGGCUCCAUUCAUCCAUGUGGAAAAAAUUCCCUUUCACAUCCACCACUUCAAGAAUGCGUCCAGUGGCCCAGCUCCGUGAUUGUCCCUAGUGUGUCCAGUGCCAUCAUCCCUGGCAUGCCCAGCUCCAUUGUCAUCCAAGUGUCCCAGCUCCAUCAUUAUCCCUGGCAUGCCCAGCUCUGUGGUCAUCCAAGUGUCCCAGCUCCAUCAUCAUCCCUGGCAUGCCCAGCUCUGUGGUCAUCACAGCAACCCAGCUCCAUUGUCCCAGCGUGCCCAUCUCCAUCCUUCUUACAGCCCAGCUCCAUCGUCCCAGCGUGCCCAUCUCCAUCCUUCUUACAGCCCAGCUCCAUCAUCCCAGCGUGCCCAUCUCCAUCCUUCUUACAGCCCAGCUCCGUCGUCCUUACAUCCCAUAAAGCAAAAGUGCUUGGAAAAGUCUCUGCCUGAUCGCAGGAGAGGAUGUGGUUAGGUUUAAGUGCUUGGCAGCUAAUACUAGCUGCUGGAAGGGGUUUUAAGCCUGGCCAAGUGGCUGAUUUAAGACUGUUUGGCAGCUCAGCUGCUGUUUUUUGAGAGGUUGCCCUGCCAGUUCCUCCUUCAGCUGUUGGAUGCACAGGAGCCAGAGUUGCUGCUUCUGGAAGGGUUUCCCCUUGAUACCAAACAACGUGUAUAUAGGGAAAAUGUGAGAAUUGUUGGGGGUCAGCAGUAAACAAGGAGGCCAAAUACUGCAUUUCUGGAACUGUUAAAGCUUUAGCCAAAUAUGGAAUAAAAAAAAAAAAGCCAACUUUAUUUUCAUGUGAAGAUGUAAAGGGAAGUUUAAUGUGCUGAAUUCAGUGUCUUUGCUGUGUGGGUCUCCAGCUGACAAUUAGGCAUCAUUUACAGAGCAGGAUCUAACUGGGGAGGCAUUGGAGCAAAAGCUGACCUAACCAUAACUGCAAAUCUGGGGGGAACUGUUGCAUGUGGUACAUUAGCCAGACAAAAACUGGUACUCAAGGGGAACCUUAGGCUUUCUGAGACUGUUGGGAACUUUGUUUCCCUUUCAUUAAAAAAACAGAAAAACAAAAAUAAAGUUUUUUUGUAAGUUGGUA